AAGGACUUAGCGGCAACAAUCCAGUGUUAAAUAAGGAGUGAAUCAUUUCGACGCCAAACUCUUUGUUGGUGACGUAACAGCAGGAUAGGGCGGGCAGAGGGGGCUGUAGCCGGGAGAUUCGACUCCUGACCGCGGUCCUCGUUGUUGUGUACAGUGGAGCAACCAUUAAACGCAUCAUAACUACAUUACUGUAACUUGUAUUUUUCAGACAGCAAUGUAGAUGCAUGAUGUGCUUUUUCAGGGCCGGAUCGUCAACUAGUAAACUUUUCUAGAUGGAGGCCAUGGAGGUAGACUCUCCUGUGGGACUAGAGGGAGAAGGUCAUGGGCGGUCAGAGGUUGCCAUUGCAGCUGCUGGUCAGGCUGAAGAUGCCAGUGCACCUCACGUCAUCUCAGACUCCAGCAGUAGCACUGAAGUGGACGAAGACGACGAGGAUGAGCAUGAUGAGGGGCAGGGACGAGCUCGAACACCUCUCAGACUUCCCGCCACCUGGGCGUUCAGUCAGAGGGCAGUGGAUGGAGCUGCAGCUCCACCCUCUGGAACUCAAGGGACCCCAAUAAGAAGGAGACUCAGACAGGGCCUGAGGGUGCAUUAUCCCAGUCAGACUGCAACACCCUCCAGAGGCUUCCCAGACUUCCUGCUCCGAGCACCAGCUGCCAGCGUAGCUCAGCCAGAGUCCGGCAGCAGCACCGAGGUCAGCGAGUCUGAGGAUGAGGAGGAGCAAGAGGAAGAACUUGUCGGUGCAGAGCCCGUUAACGCUGUCAUGUCUGCUAAUUCACCCACCAGCCAGCACAGACAGCCACAGGAAACCAGUACAACCAACCCCAGCUCAGGUGCAGACAGCGAGAGGACAGAAGCUCAGAUCCAGGACUGCCAGCCUUCUUCAGCAGCCCCACUGUCGGCCCAGCCGUCCCACAACGACGAGGGCGAAGGUGACACCUGUACCAUCUGCUUUGAAGCCUGGACGACAGCGGGCGAGCACAGGCUGUCUGCUCUGCGCUGCGGUCACCUCUUCGGUUACACCUGCAUCCAGCGCUGGAUGAAAUCUCAGGGAUCAGCAGCUAAAUGUCCUCAGUGCAACAAGAAGGUGAAGCGGUCGGACAUCGUGCUGCUGUAUGCGCCUAAGCUGAGAGCCCUGGACAACUCGGAGCAGGAGAGCUUAAAGAGAUCUCUGGAACAGGAGCAGUCUCUGAGGAGGAAAGCUGAACUGGAGUCGGCUCAGUACAAACUGAAGCUGCAGGUCGUCACCAACCAGUACGGACAGGCGCAGCAGGAGCUCCAGGAGUUGAAGUCCUUGAUGGCUCAGACUGGCAGGAACUCAGUUCCCUCCUCCUCCUCCUUCUCCUCCUCUUCCUCGUCGACAUCCCUCCUCUUCAGUCAGUCUCAGAGGAUAGAAGGCUCAAGGACGGCUCAGUACAGCUUCUUCAAGGCAGUUCCGGUGUCUCAGACAGGUGGCUGCAGGGUUUUAUCCUACUGUGAACCUCUGAGUUGCCUGCUGGCCUCGCAGCCCUCCCCUCAGUCCACAUUGGUGCCAGGUUGCGGGGUGAAGAAGGUGAGUGUGGUGAACAUGAAGGCCACUCAGUAUGUCCCCAUCCACAGUAAGCAGAUCAGAGGUCUGUCCUUCAACAGACAGAACGACAGUCUGCUGCUGUCUGCUGCGCUGGACAACACUGUCAAACUCACCAGCCUGCUGACCAACACAGUGGUUCAGACCUAUAAUGCAGUUAAACCGGUGUGGAGCUGCUGCUGGUGUUUGGACAACAGUAACUACAUCUAUGCUGGUCUGAGUAAUGGCUCCGUGCUCAUCUACGACACCAGAGACACCAGCACACACAUCCAAGAGCUGCAGCCGCUACGCUCCAGGUGUCCGGUAGCAUCUCUGUGCUAUGUCCCACGGGCGGCAUCUAGCUCGUUCCCCUGUGGGGGGCUCAUCGCUGGUUCUUUGGAGGGGGGCUGUUUCUGGGAGCAGGUGAAUGAGACCACUUACAGACCACACCUGCUGCCGCUGGAGAAUGGCAGCUGCACCGACAUCCAGGUGGAGCCGGAGAGCAGACACUGUCUGGUGACGUACAGACCCGGACGCUCCAACCCGUCUCUGCGCUGUGUCCUGAUGGCUCUGAACCGAACCCCCCAGCAGGACUCCAGCCAGCUGCCCAGCUGCUCCUGCUCCCCUGUGCAGACGUUCAACGCCGGCUCAUCCUGCAAACUGCUCACAAAGAACGCUGUCUUCAAGAGUCCAGAUGGAAGUGGAACGCUGGUCUGUGCCGGAGACGAGGCCUCCAGCUCUACCAUGGUGUGGAACGCUGGCAGCGGCUCUCUGCUCCAGAAGCUUCCGGCUGACCUGCCAGUGUUGGACAUCAAGCCCUUCUCGGUGAACGGGGAACAUUUUCUGGCCUCCUUAACAGAGAAAAUGCUGAAGCUCUACAGGUGGGAGUGAAUGAGGCCAACUGGCCGGUCUGUCCACAGUGUCCCAGAGCACAAGGACAGGAAGCCGUCUGGGUGGAAAUGUGGAAAAUGACAUUGCUGCUAAACGUUUACACAGAAAACACAGAUUACCGGGAGUGAUUGACAGGAGGAAAGCUUGUACGUCAGUUUCUUACGGUUUAUUCAUUCACAGCCCCUACAUUUCACUUUUAUUCUGUAUUAGUCAGAUAACAAGCUUCAUGAUGCUCAGAUCAUGAAUAUUUAGCUCAUAUUUAUUGAACAUUAUGACCCAAACAUUGUCAUCUAAUCAUUGAUUCAGUCUGCUGAUUGUCUCCAUUCAGUCAUUUCAUUGAUCAGCUGGUGGAUCAACUGUAUGACUGAAGUUAAGGAAAAACAAAGAUGCUUCAGUAUACAGUUUGGUUGCAGCAUCAUCCAACAUCUUACAUCCAUUUGAUAAUAAAACGCAUGAGAUGCUUUAACGUUUAAAAAUCUGACUUGAAGAAAGACAUAAAACUACAGGAAAGGCAGAUUUAAGUGUCCUUUUAAAACUGAGCUCAGCAGUUAAACGUGAUGAGUAAAUAAAACGAUUUGGACCAGAAAUGUGACAUAUCCAUCUCUGAACUAGUUUAAACUCUUCCUACCAACCAUCCUCCGAACUACUGAAACAAACCAUCUCUGGCUUCUGCUGAUUUAUUUGAAUCUUUAAGAUUUGUCUUCACCCGACAGGAACAUUAAGUGCCAAAGUAAUCUGUUGUAAAUGUUACUUCUUUUUUUAAGAAAGGUGUAUAUAUGUAUAUUUGUUGCUGUGUGUGUACAACUUCAAAGGUAAUAAAACGAAGUUAUUUUUAAUUG